UCCAACCUUAUUAUUUAUCAAUCACAAGAUAUAUAUAAACCCACCCUUCUUCUUCCCUUCUCUUCCCAUUAUUCUCUUUUUAUUUACAAUAUUUGUGAACACAGAGUUGGUUUUAAGAAAGUGAAGUUAAUGGGGAGUAGUGUUCAUGAAGAAGGUGGUGGUGGUGGUGGUGGAGGUGGAGCUGUGGUGGUGAUGGGGAGAGCAGAGAUAGACACAAGUGCACCAUUUAGGUCAGUGAAGGAAGCUGUCAUGUUAUUUGGAGAGAAGGUCUUGGCAGGAGAAAUCUAUGGCCAUAGACUCCAUCAGAUGCAGGCUGCAGCAGAGAAAAGGCAUGAGCUCGGGCUGUCGAGGCUGAGCUCGAUAGCCGCCGAACUUGAAGAAACAAGGCAAAACCUAGAAAAAGCAAGAGAAGAAAGCCUUGAGAUGGCAAAUUGCUUAAGCUCUCUAAGGAAAGAGCUUCAAAAGGCCAAGAAGGAGCUCACACAACUAAAAGAAGCAAAGCAUUCAUCACCGAAGAAACAAGUCAUAGAAUCAGAGAUUGAAGAAGACAUUAAGUUUGUAGAGAAUAAAACAGAGAUGAUGCCUAAAAGAAAUGAUGUAUUUGAGUUUCAGAAGAGGAGAUGUGUUACAUUUGCCAACCCUCCAUCACUAGCUCAAGUGAUCAACCCUCAGAACCACAUAAUGCUAGAGAGACAGUUAUCAGUGGACAGGGACUCAGUGCAAUUGAAGAAGAAGAAGAAGCCAUUGAUCCCUCUCAUUGGAGGCAUGUUUUCAAAGAAGAAGAACAACAACCACCACCACCACCAAGAAGUUAUGGCAACUAAAGCUCAUGGAGUUCAAGCAAUGUUCUAA